CCAGCCGCGCGGAGCUGGUCGUCACCCCAUGUUGGCAAUGGACGCGGCGGCCCAUCGGCUCUGACACAAAAGGAGGAGGAACACAAUAGAGACAGAGUAGGGGGGGGCGGUAGGGUGACACAAAAUCAACACACAGCCAGGCAGGCGGUGUAGUCGAGGAAUGUGACCGUUUAUUCACAUAUUAUCUGCUUCAAAAGGAAGGAUCCCACCCUCAUAGAGCACACGGUGCCGCCGGCACGGCCUCAGCCGCGGUUUUAAUGAAGUGAGCGGCGCGAGGACAGGAGAGAGGCGGCCUCCUAACCCCCCCUCCCCAGCCCCGUUACCUCCCACCGCUUUCCCCUCCCCGGGCCCUCUGGACACGGACUGGACACAAGGCCGGGCUCCCCUAGGAGGGAGCUCUCUCGGCAGCGGGAUCCGGGCCUGGCACUUUGGGGGAGGGGGGGGGGAAGUGGGUGGGGGUUUAAGGAGGCGGGGAGGAGACCAGCCCUUGUUUACCCCGGCUCUGUCUUGGUGUGUGUUUGUGGGGGCCGGAGGGGGGGCAGGAGGAGGAGGAGGGGGUGGGGAAGGCCCCUCUCUGCCUCUUGUGUUUGUCUUGUCUCAAUUCCACACACAUCCUCCCCCCCCCCCCCCCUGCCCCUCCCGAGGUGAGCUGGUGACUCGGAUCGGUCGAGAGGGGACAUGUCCUCGCCCACCGUCACCUCGCCGGUGGAGAAAGUAGACGGAUUUUCUCGGAAGUCCGUCCGCAAGUCCAAGCAAAAGCGCUCGCACAGCUCCUUGCAGUACAAGAUCCAAGGCAAAGCCGUCGACUUGAACCCCCUGCCUCUGCUGAAGGACGUUUCCACGACUGAAAAGGCACUGCUCUUCCAGAAGAAAUUGCAUCAGUGCUGCGUUGUAUUUGACUUCAUGGAUUCAUUAUCAGAUCUUAAAAUGAAGGAGUACAAGCGCUCUACCCUUAGUGAACUGGUGGACUAUGUUGCAGUAGGUCGAGGAAUCUUGACAGAACAGACAUACCCUGAAGUAGUUAAAAUGGUUUCUUUCAAUAUAUUUAGGACCCUUCCACCUUCAGAAUCUUCAGAGUUUGAUCCAGAAGAAGAUGAACCAGUGCUUGAAGCAGCCUGGCCUCAUUUACAGCUUGUAUAUGAGUUCUUCAUUCGGUUUUUGGAGAGUCAAGAAUUCCAACCCAGUAUUGCCAAAAAAUAUGUAGAUCAGAAAUUUGUAUUGCAGCUUUUGGAAUUGUUCAACAGUGAAGACCCCCGAGAACGAGACUACCUGAAGACUGUUUUACACAGAAUUUAUGGAAAGUUUCUUGGACUUAGAGCAUUUAUCCGAAAGCAAAUUAACAAUAUUUUUCUACAAUUUGUUUAUGAAACAGAACGUUUUAAUGGUGUAGCAGAGCUUCUGGAAAUAUUAGGAAGUAUAAUAAAUGGGUUUGCAUUGCCCCUGAAGGCUGAACACAAACAAUUUCUGAUUAAGGUUCUGCUCCCUUUGCAUACUGUGAGGAGUUUAUCACUUUUCCAUGCACAGCUGGCAUAUUGUGUAGUACAGUUUCUAGAAAAAGAUCCAACGUUAACGGAACCGGUCGUCAGGGGUUUACUGAAGUUUUGGCCAAAAACCUGCAGUCAAAAAGAGGUCAUGUUCCUUGGGGAGUUGGAGGAAAUCUUGGAUGUUAUUGAACCUGCACAAUUUGUAAAAAUUCAGGACCCACUCUUCAAACAAAUUUCCAGAUGUGUUUCCAGCCCUCAUUUUCAGGUGGCUGAAAGGGCACUUUAUUACUGGAACAAUGAAUACAUUAUGAGCCUCAUAGAGGAGAACUCUGCUGUCAUCCUGCCCAUCAUGUUUCCCAGCCUGUAUAGAAUCUCUAAAGAACAUUGGAAUCCGGCAAUUGUCGCUUUAGUCUACAAUGUACUGAAGGCUUUUAUGGAAAUGAACAGCCCAUUAUUUGAUGAGCUCACAGCAACCUACAAGUCGGAUCGCCAAAAAGAAAAGAAAAAGGAAAAAGAGCGAGAAGAACUUUGGAAAAAGUUGAGGGCCCUUGAAAUAAAGAAGGGUGCGAUAACAGGGAUGUCACCUUAAUGAAGAAAAAUGGUGCUCGUAUUCCCAUGAUAUACAUUUAUGUAGUAAGAGGUGGAGCAACGGUUUUCUGUAUUGUGCUACUUACUUUACAGUAGAUUUUGCAUCUGUUUCAUUAUCAACGAAAGUUCUGUAACAGUAUUGUAUAUAACUUUUCUCCAUGUUGAAAUGGUAUGUCAAAAAGAAGGGCGUCAGCAUGAAAUAUGUACAGUAGAUGGAUGUUUGCGAGCUCUUCUGUAAAUGUAGUCAUUGUUCUAACUUCAAAAAAAGAAAAACUUUCUAGCAUCCACAUGGGUGGUACAGAAACUUCAAAGAAGAUUGCUAUAUCAGGAUACCUGAAUUGAGCGUUCCGUACAUAUUGGUGGCAGACUACGAGCAAAUAUAUUUUAGACUGAAGACUGUGCUCCAGCUUGACCCUGAGACUUUGCUGCAUUUUAAUUUAUACUUAAGGUGAAAUUAUUUCUUACAAGUUGUGGAAGUUCUGUUUUUACUUUGAUUUUAAACCUAUUGUGGUGUUACAAUACCUCUUAUACACAGCACACUGGUUGUGUAAAGGUUAGUGCCCAUGUGCAUCACGAUGCAAUUCAUACCUUUUGUACUGGUAGAACUGUAUUAAAGUGCAUGCCUGGCAUAUGCACUAACAGUACUGUAUAUUAGAGAAAGUAUCUAUUCAAGAUACACAAUUAUUUCAAUGGGAUACAAACCUGCAAAAGCAGGAAAUAUCCAAUAACUAACUAAAUGUAAGUUGGUUGUACAAUGUUAUUUGUUUGCGGUAUAAGUUACAUAACCUUUUACUGUUUUCACAUUUACACCAUGCAAAUAAUUCAUACAGAAAACUUAAAGGUUCCUAGAGAGAAAUGAACACCCUUCUUAACUCCAUGGACAGAACAUUAGUUAAGUGCAUCAGACGUUGAUAGCAUAAAGUUGGUGUAUUCAAUACAGAAAGUUGGUUCACAAGGCUAACAUUAUUAGGAAUCUGUAUGUGACUAAUUUUAAUAUGUGGGGUCAUCCACACCAUGUGCACGUCAGCAUUCUAUUUGAACAGGUAGGGAAAUAAGCCAUAAUACCUUAUGGCGUAGUAUGCACUGUAUUGAUCCAGUUGGAUUGUUCACGAUCAGUGUUAUAUUGCCCCAUGUGUUACACCACUCUGUUGAUAAAACAGUUUUCAUCCCACCAGGUGUGGGAGGAUGUAUGGUAUAAAACUUCUUUUCAAAAAUACUUUUUUGUAGUUUUUAAUUUUACUGCCGCUCAGACAUGCUCACCAUUCUGCACUGUUCUCAACCAUUUUUAAAGAAAACUAAUGUCAGACUUCUCAUAACUAUUAAAUGAUCAUUAAGUUUUA